UACACACACACACACACACACACAUGCCCUGGGUUGCCUCAUACACACGCUGGAAAGGAGUUAAGAGAGAUCGAGAGAGGAACGAAAAGAAGAGAGAAACGGAGAUAUACAAGCAACGUGCCAAGUUCACUGCAAACCAGACUUGUGACUGAAGACGAGGACUGUGGGUAUUAAUCUAAAACUAUCAUGCAUUUCCGUAACACAAAGCUACAUGCAGAUGUGAAACAAAGACAAAAUACCGGCGGAAUCCAGGAAUAAUACAAGAAGUAUCAAAGUUUUCGAUGAGGACAUGAAAGGAAAAAGUGGAAGCAAACUCUGGCUGUUUCUGACUUGUCGCUGUUUGGAGCUUUAACUGCAGCUCAGUCCCUGUCCUUGCGUGGCAGUUCAGCGGGACGUAUAAUGAUCUACUGGGGUCUCAAAGGCAAAGUGCAUGAGAAGUAUGAGGAUAAACAUGGAAGGCCUCAAGCACACUUUAUGACAGAGAACAUUUAGCAGGAAAACUUCCUAGAUAUUUGGAGCUAGUAGCGAUUUUUGGAGUUAACUGCCUGCCAACUGUUUCUGCUACCACACUUGGAUUUACAGGCUGUCAGUGUGCACCAGAGUGCUCCACGGUAACACCGUGUGUCACUUAAACUCCAAGCCCCCCUCCCCUCAAGAAGAAAGUGUUGAGAUCUCAGCAGUGGUGACUCGAAGGUACGAACAUGUCUGCUGAGGUCCAUUUGGAGCGUCUGAAGAAGGCCGACCUGAGAGGUGGGACUUCUUCUGCUUCAGCGUUUGCUCCACGUGUGCCCACGGUCACACUGAUCAACCACCGAGAGCUGAAGGAUAAACACGUUGCCCACAGACCCCAGCCUGGGAGCAUUGAUCGCAACCUGGCAACCAGCAGCCACUACAGAUGUAGCGAAGGUAGCAGAGUGCAGAAGGUUGGAACAAUGCCAGAUUCACCUGCGGAUGUGAAAACCCAGCCCAGGUCCACCCCACCCACCAUGCCUCCACCACCCCCGGCUGUCAGCCAAGCAACCAAUCGCAGCGCUUCAUUCACCCCCACCACCAGUAAAUCAAUGCUGAAUGGGAGCAGCCACUCUCCUACAUCGCUGAACGGUGCUCCAUCCACUCCUAACGGCUUCAGUAACGGGCCCGCCAUGUCCUCAACGGCCUCACUGUCCAACCAGCAGCUCCCGCCGGCUUGUGGUGCCCGGCAGCUCUGCAAGCUGAAACGCUUCCUGACCACACUGCAGCAGUUUGGCAACGACAUAUCGCCUGAGAUCGGAGAGAGAGUGCGCAGCCUUGUGUUGGGGCUUGUGAACUCCACCCUCACUAUUGAAGAGUUUCACUCCAAACUGCACGAGGCCACCAACUUCCCUCUGAGGCCGUUCGUCAUUCCCUUCCUGAAGGCAAACCUGCCUCUGCUGCAGAGAGAGUUGCUCCACUGUGCCAGGUUGGCCAAGCAGACUCCAGCUCAGUAUCUGGCCCAACACGAGCAGCUUCUCCUGGACGCCAAUGCCAGCUCACCCCUCGACUCCUCAGAGAUUAUGCUGGAGAUGAAUGAGCACGGCAAGCGAAGGACCCCUGACAGGACCAAAGACAGCUCAGAGAGAGAAGGGUUGCACCCAGAGCACCUAGCUAAGAGGCCCUGCACCAUCAGCCCUAGCCAACGCUUCAGCCCCAGCACGGGUCUUCCUGCUCACCCACCUCCUAACGGCCUCCCCACACACCCUCCCAACGGCCUGCCCCACCCACCCAACCCCCAAGUGGGACCCCAGCACUAUCGCUUAGAAGACAUGGCCAUGGCGCACCAAUAUAGAGAUGCUUACAGACAUAAUGAACACCGUGACGCCCGAGACAGGCACCGGCAGACAGCAGUGCACGGAGCUCGCCAAGAGGAGGUGAUCGACCACCGUCUUACAGAUCGAGAGUGGGCAGAGGAAUGGAAGCACCUGGAUAAUCUCCUGAACUGCAUCAUGGACAUGGUGGAGAAGACGCGCCGCUCUCUGACGGUGCUGCGCCGCUGCCAGGAGGCCGACCGGGAGGAGAUGAAUCACUGGAUUCGGCGCUACAGUGACGUGGAGGAGAUGAAAAAAGGUGGGAGCAACGGACAGCACUGCCUUCCUCCUCCUCUUCCUCCUCCUACUCCUCACCACAACUCCUCCUCCAACACAGCUAGCAGCAGCGAGUCACUGCCCAUAGGAACUUCCUCGGCUGCUGAAAGGCAGACAGGCAGACAGACAGAGAUCCACCGAGACUUCUUACACAGGCCUCCCUCAGGAUACCUGCCAGAAGAGAUCUGGAGGAAAGCUGGUACUACAAGUAUCCCGCUCUCCCCAGCACUAAAGCACCUCCAAAACAAGCAGGAGGAGGCUGUGAAUGAGGUGAAGCGACAGGCGAUGUCAGAGCUGCAGAAAGCGGUGUCGGACGCCGAGAGGAAGGCUCAUGAGAUGAUUUCAGCUGAACGCUCUAAAAUGGAGAGGGCGCUGGCCGAGGCCAAGAGGCAAGCCUCUGAGGACGCACUAACAGUCAUCAACCAACAGGAGGACUCCAGUGAAUCUCACCAGAGCUGCUGGAACUGCGGGAGGAAAGCCAGUGAGACGUGCAGCGGCUGCAACACGGCUCGCUACUGCGGCUCCUUCUGCCAACACAAAGACUGGGAGAAGCACCACCAUGUCUGUGGUCAAGGCCUCCAGGGGCUGCCAGGGGGCAGCAGUGUCCCUUUAGGCACCCCCUCCUCCUCCUCCAGCUCCUCAGCAUCAUCCAGCGCGCCCCCCACCCACUCGGAGAGCACUCCUCCAGGACCCCUGUCCCUGGCAGUCCAGAGCAGUAUUGCGGGAGGGGCUGGCAACGGCAGUGGAAGUGUCUCUGCCAGCCCCAAAGAGAGCAGUUCCAGCAGUGCCUCUCGCUCCACAACUCCAGCUACCCCCGCCCUACUGGAUGGCACCUCUCGCUGACGUCUGACCCUUGUCCCUCCCCUGAAUACUGAUGCGACAGUGCCCACACUCCACACAAAACCAAACUGAGGAAUCUUCAUCGCACAUUGCUCCCUUUCCUCCUCCUCAACUUCUGCCCUUAUUUCCCUCUUAUCCUAAGCUCCUCUGAAAAUCUUCUCACUACCUGAUGACAGACUCAACUUGUCACCUUCCCCUAAAAAUGGCUUUUUCUUUGUCUCUUUCACAAACACAUACAAAGAUUCCAGGCUGGGGUUCAGUGUAGUGUAAAGCAUGAAUAAGUGCAGUGUCUCCUAUCUCUGUAACAGAAACAUAUCAGACGUGUUUGCUGAGAACAUGAGCUUUGAUGCAAUGUAAGCGUGGUAAACGGUGUCCACGUAAGGACACGAGACAAGGGCUGUAGCAAGGCAACAUCGAUGGGGGGAUGACUAGGCCGAUAAGCACUUGGGUAGGAUUUCCCUUUAAUUAAGUACCAAUGAGAGAACAGCACCCAGCCCUGAGAUGUGCACUACUAGUCCAAACAGUUGACUGAUGUGGCACUUUUUCUACAGUGUCCUAAUGGAGACAGGCAAGGAGCAUAAUACCUUUUUUCAAACGGAUGACGGAAGGGGAAAAACCUGUGAUGCGAUUAAUUCCUCAGAAACACAGCUUAGUAUUUAUUAAAAGUUUCUUUCUGGCUUUAAGGGAAAAUAAAGAAAAUCCAAAUAUUCUAAAUAAAGAAUAAUAGUGAUGAUGAUGAUGAUGCUGAUGAUGAGAUGAUGAUGAUAACAAUAAUGAUAUGAGAAUAAAUUAAUUUUAAACUGCUAACUACCUUGCUAGCGAGCCAAGAAAAUCUACACCGGACUCACCUCUCUGCACCAUUGUGAACCCAAAUGAAUUCAAAGAUGAAAAAUAACAUGAUCCAAACCUUUGUAUUACACUGCCAAAGUGAGUAAGUAAGCGAUAAGGAGAAGCACUCAUCUUAUAACCAAACGCAAAGCAACAUCACCUCCUCAGCAGAUAAGCCAGCCCUGAGAGGACCAGGCUGCAGAGAAGCUGCAGAACGGGACCCAGAGAUAGUCAGACAUAAAAACAACAAA